AUGUGAGAUUUCCGCGGGGUUUUGGUGAAGGUAAACAGAAAGAUACGAGGACCGAGAAUAUUGAACACAAACAGAGAAAACGUUAUUUAAAUGUUUCUUAUCAUGCUAAUUGACUGUUGGCAGAAGGGGUAUAUAAUAUAAAGUGGCAUUAAGGCCAUGAAGACAGACUUUACAUAACAUGCUGAAGUUGAAAUUAGAGUUCAUGAAGGCCCAUGUGUAAUCCUUUAUUGACAUUUGCAGAACUUGGACCAACAGAUUUCACUUUGGGAUAUAAUGGCAAGUUGGGAUCAGAAACUUCUUAAAGCUGCAAGGGAGGGGAAUAUAAAAGAGGUAGAAUUAUGUGUAAAGAACGGAGCUAAUUUGGAAUAUAAAGAUGGUUGGGGAAGGACACCAUUAUUGUGGGCGGCUUGGGGAGGACACCUGGAGGUGGUGACGUACCUCGUCACUCACGGCAGUCAGUUAGACGUUACAGACCGGGCGGAAGAAAAGACACCAUUAAUGUGGGCCGCUGAGGGAGGACACCUGGAGGUGGUGAUGUACCUCACCAGUAACGGCAGUCAGUUAGAGGCCACAUCCAGGGGUGCACUAACAGCUUUACAUUGGGCUGCUAAGUAUGGACAGAUUGAGACAACAAAAUGGUUAAUAGAUCAAGGAUGCAGUCCUUGGGUGAAAUCAUUAAAGGGUCAGACUCCUUACGAUUUGGUUACAAUAGAAAGCUAUGAUUCUGAAGAGAAGAAAAGGAAGAAGAAAGAAGUGAUGGACUUCCUUAAGACUGUCAUGUCAAAGACACCUCCAGAAUUGACUCCUGACAACCAAUCACAGGAACCUGCAGCACCAGUAGUUGGAGAUUCCAUCGGAAAUGGGCAACAGUCUGCCAUGUUAAAUCGUUUAUUAGGGAAGGGCAGCUAUGAAUCAUUUGAUAUGAGAUGCAUGGUCACUGGCCAGUUUUCUGCUGGAAAAUCGACUCUUGUGAAGCUGUUAGCUGGGGAUGCCAUACCAGAUGGUCGACAUCCAACUGAUGGCAUAUCUCUCGAUCUUGAGACGAAAGAGUGGAUUCCAAUUGAUCCAGACUCUUAUAAUGCCCUGGAUGUUGUUUACAAUAAGGUUUUAAUGGCCUCUCUGGAAGAAGAGGAGGAAAGUGAACUAGCCACAAAGUUCAACAAAGCUUCAGAUACAAGCCCAACUGGUUAUACCAAAGCCUUACUUUCCUCUUUGCCCUCAGAACAGUCUGCAGCAGCACAAUCUCUACCACCAAAGAAAUCCUCCAAUGUGCCUCUCACGGUAAAACAGAUGGAAAAGAAAAGGAGAACAAGAAUGACUAAAGAGGAAAUAAAAAAGAAAAUGGAAAAAGUCCUCAAAAGUGGGAAGUAUAAGAUGAAAGUUGGGCGUCUUAUCUUCUGGGAUUUCGGUGGACAAUAUGUUUAUCUAACAACACACCAGACCUUCAUGACGUUCCGGGCAUUGUAUCUUGUAGUAUUUGAUGGGAGCAAAGAUUUGCAUGAACAGGUCCCCGAUGUGUUGUGUUUUCCAGGGCAGCACAUGACACCUACUCCAGCAGUAAUCUUGCAAUAUUGGGUCAAUUCCAUCCUGACCUAUUGUAAGGCUGUAUAUGCAGGCAUUCCAAAGAUCUUGUUUGUUGCCACUCACAAAGAUAAAGUACCAAGGGAGAAUGUUGAGACACGACGUGAAGAGCUUUACAAAGGAAUUGAGGAGUUGUUUAAAGACCAUGAGGGACAACAUCAUCUGGUCCUUAGGCCUCUAAUAUUUGUCAAUGCCAAAGAUCAAGCUGACCCAGAAAUAGAAGUUCUGAAGAAAACAAUUACAGAACUUACAUUCGACCACCCAUGUUGGGGUGAAAGAAUGCCCAAUGCUUGUGUUCCACUAGAGCUUGAGAUCGCUGAACUGGUGGCAGAAGGAAAACAAAUUAUGUCAUUGGCUGAAGUUAAAGAAUUAAAUGCCAUCAGCGAGGUGUCUGUCCUGUCUGCUGAACAGCUAACAGAUUUUCUACAUUUUCAACAUUCUCUAGGGAAGAUUGUUUAUUUUGAUACCCCACAGCUAAGAGAUACUGUUAUCAUAAGUCCCCUCCUUAUGGUGGAAGUUAUGAGAUCUUUCAUUACUGAUGUUGAAUUCUGGCCAAAAGAAGAUAAUACAAGAAAAACCUUCACAAAGAUGUCUGAAAAUGGAAUGAUACAAAAAUUAGACCUCUACAAGAUUUGGGAGCAAGAAGAAUUCUGUCAGAUUUUACCAUUUAAAGAUUACAUAUUUGAUAUGCUGAUACACCUAGAUAUCAUAUCUAAACAGCAGAUAAAUGAUACAAACACAGGAAUUCAGUUACCAAUAGAAAAUUUCUUUGUACCCUGUAUGCUAACACAAAGAAACAAUACAGAUUUCUUGACACAAGAAUGUACACCAGAGAGGACACUCAGUUUGGCCUUUAUUUUCAAAGGAACCAUCAUACUUCCAGCCUUACCAAAUCGUCUCAUAUGCGCAUGUCUCAGUAUGUGGACAUUAAAAGAAUAUCAAGGACAAAAACUUAUGUUUUCUGGGUUUGUUGGGUUAUCAAUUGAUAAAGAGCAUGAUAUCGUUGUCUGUGUAGAAGGCAACAAGAUCUUAUUGUACCUAGUCCACAAGCGCUCAAAGGGCCUGAUAAUACCUGAGAUAGCCUCUAGUGUCAAAGAAUUUUUGCAUUCAACAUUGGAGAGGAUUUCAGAAUUUUAUCAGUCCACUGUCCAUAAAAAAGUCAGCUGUCAACUACCAUUUCACAUUGAGUAUUCCUGCUCUAGAUUUAUCUGUUACAUUCCAGAAGAAAGGAUUGAUCUAAAAACUGAUGAGUGCGUUUGUAACCAUGGUGACAACAUUAAACUCAACUGGAAGGUUUGGAACCAUGAACAGACGGAAUCAGAAUUAUUGUUGUAUAGACUCAAAAGGAUGGAACCGAAUGAUUUCAAGAUAUUUAUAGCUCAUGGGGAGUACGAAUCCUUCGAAAAUCGUGUUUACUUGGCAGGUGCCUGUAAUGUUGGCAAGUCUUGUUUAGCUAGCAUUUUGAUUGGUGAAAAAAUUUCUAAAAAAUGGAACUCUACUAAUGGGCUAACGAUCUACUUUGGAAGAAAUGGUAUUCAACUCGAAGACAAGAAAAUGGUUACGCUUGGGAAAUCUGAUACAAGUAUUAUGAAGAAGUUGUUAUUAGGAAACCCAAAUAUUGCUUUGAAAAAAGAGAGAAAUGUUGAGAAACCGAGAAAUUUCAAUGAAGAGGCAACAGACCAUAAAGAUUCAGCUUUGGAAUCAUCUAAAUUGAAAACUGUUGACAAGGAAAUCGACAAGAAGCAAGAGAACAAAAGUCCUAGCAAAACAAAGGAUGAAAACCCCACUGUUCCUUCAAUGACUGAAAAUGUCAAAACUAAUUUGCCAUAUUAUCCUAAAAUGCAUCCAAAGCACAAAGCUCUUACAAUUCAGAGUGAUAUCUUAGAAGAGAUAAGGACUGGUGAAUAUAAGAUAAGAAUAGCUCCAUCAGAUUUAGUAGACUUUGGUGGACAAAGAUGCUUUGAUAUGACACAUCAAUUAUUCAUUCAACACAAAGGAACUUUUGUUCUGAUGUUUGAUGGGAGAUAUGAGUUACAUAAACCGCUUGACGAAUAUCCACAAGGAGAAACUGGAAAAGAUAUCCUUGUCCACUGGGUGAAUUCAAUUCUGGUAUAUUGCAAAGAAGAUGACGAUCUGUUGCCAAUGAUAAUGUUUGCUGCAACGCACAGUGACCUUUUGGAAAUGGAUGAAAUGUUAGCUAAAGAAAGAACAUUCACACUGGAACUUUCUAAACUAUUUUCAACCCAUGUUAAAAAUAGACACAUUUUGUACGACAAAGUAUUUUUCAUCAACGCAACUAACUCAAAGGAUCCACAAAUAGAGCAUCUGAAAGAAAAGUUGGUAGAUAUUGCUUUCCAACAAUCAACAUGGGGACAACGAAUGCCAAUUUCAUGGGUCCCACUUGAACUUCAAAUUUCUGAAAUGCGUACAAACAAUUUCAGUGUUAUACCAAAGGAAACAAUUCAAGAACUAAACAGAUUAAACGAUGAAUUUUCAAUGCCCGAAGAUUUGAUUGAUAAAUUUUUAAAAAUCCAACAUUCUCUUGGAAAAAUUCUAUACUUCAAUUUUCAAGGGCUUGAUAAUUUCAUAGUUGUACAGCCUACGGUUAUGGUGAAUAUUUUAAGGUCAUUUAUUACCGACAAAAUGUUUUGGCCGGAACAACAAGAUUUAAGAAGCAUCUUAGAAAACGCUGCAAAUACUGGCACAAUUCAAAAGCUACAGCUGUUUAAACUUUGGUCACAGCCACCAUUUAAUAAUUAUUUGCCAAAUGAUCAGUACAAGGAGUACAUUAUAAAUGUUCUUGUACAUCUUGAUAUACUUGUCCGGCCAAAACAUGAAAGCAGAGUUAAAAGUGAUCCCUUAUACAUGGUACCUUGUGUUGUCCAAAAUAAAUUACCGGAAGAUCUUUUCCCCCGUGAAGAGCAGAAGACCAUAUGCUUAGCUUAUCACCUGAAAGAAUGUGCUAUUCCAUCUGCAUUGAUUUUUAAGCUCAUUGCUGCAGCAGUUAUUAUAUGGCCUCUGAAAGAAAUCGAUGGACGCCCUUGUCUUUUUUUCCAAUCAGCCGUACUGAACAUUGAUGACAACAAUCAACUCUUAAUUACAGUCAAAGGUCAGAGGGUAAUUGUCUUUUUGACAAACAGGAUUUCAAAGCAUCUUAUAUCACCAGAUGUAACAGCAAGUAUUCAAGAAUGUAUGACAUCAGCUUUACAAAGAGUUUUACAUUUUUAUCACGAAUGCUUUGGACAGACAUCAAUAAAGAUUGAUGAAGUCAGUCUUUUUGAAAUAGAAGUAGGAUUGCUAUGUAACCAGGAGCCUUGUUUAGUAUCACUUGAAUACGCCAAAAGCAAAAAAGGUUGGGUUUGCGAAAAUACUAGUAACAAGAUCAAGCAUGACACAAAAUACUGUUUAUACUGGAUAUUCAAAAAGAAAGAGGCUCUUGUCGUGCAGACAAACACUUGCAGCUUAGAGUGCAAAGAUGACAACACAUCAUAA